AUGCUUUCAAAUGAAUCUGUGACCAACACGAACAAUCAUCCAAAUCGAUUUCUCUCGUCAAUUGAAGCUUAUGAAACAGUACCAAUAGUUUCACUAGAGAGAGCAAUUGAAUCUCUCGUACCCAUCGUUCCUCAUAUAGAACAACGAACACUAGUAGCAAAAACAAAAUGUCAAAAUCCUGCAGAGCAUCUAUCCAUCGAUGAAUCAGCAGCUAUUUGUCUCUAUUCGAUGGAAUGGACACCAUAUCAGCAAAGUAUUUAUUUCCUAUUGAAUGCUGCACUACGUGAACGAGAACACGAGCAAAUGAAACCAUGGAUUCUCUUCAUGAAGCUUCUUCUCACAGCUCUCAAUCGUUUACCAUCCAAAUUUCAAACUGUUUUCCGUGGUGUCAAAUUGGAUUUACACGGCGAAUAUUCUCGUGGUGAUCUUAUCAUUUGGUGGGGAUUUACUUCGUGUACAAGUACAAUCAACGUUUUACAAUCGAAUAAGUUUCUCGGUAAAAAAGGCGAAAGAACACAGUUUAUCAUUGAAUGUAUCAACGGAAAAAAUAUUAGUAAACAUUCGUAUUUCAAAUCUGAAAAUGAAAUACUUCUCAUGCCGGGAACAUGCUUUCAAGUUAUUUCAUUUCUUGACCAUGGUCAUGACUUCUAUACAAUACAAUUGAAAGAAAUUGAAUCGAUCUCGCCGAGUUCUGUUCCGUCUGCUGAAAGUCAAAUGAAACAAUUAGAAACACGACGCGAUGUUUUUCGAUUUGGAAAAUCGUUAAAAGAAAAGGAUCUGAACAUGAUCGUUCAACAAGAAAUUAUCGAUUGUCAAUGUACACAUUUGUAUUUAAAAGAAUCAGAUUUAACAUCUCGAUGUGCAUUAAUACUCGCCAAUAUUCUACAUCAUAAUACUACAUUGAAAGGUUUGUAUCUCUUCAACAAUCAGAUUGGUGAUUCAGGCGUGCAAGCAUUAGCCAUGGCGCUUUCUUUCAACAAAAAUCAGACACUUGAAGAGCUCAGCUUGGGAUGUAAUUUAAUAACAUGUCAAGGCGCUGAGUACCUUGCUCAAAUGUUAAUAACGAAUCAAACGUUGAAAGGUCUUUGGUUAUCACAAAAUUCUAUUGAUGAUCGAGGAAUACAAACCUUAGCAACAGUUCUUCAAUGCCAGAAUCGAACUUUACAAGGCUUAUCGCUUGGAUGGAACAAACAAAUCAAUGAUUUGAGUAUCGGCGCGUUAAUGGAUAUGUUAAAUGAUAAUCAAUCAUUGAAAAUGCUUGAUCUUAAAACUUGUAAAAUAUCUAGAUCGGGUAAAAGUCGAUUUUGUGACGUAAUCAAAUGUAAAAAGAAUUUUCAAUUGUUGAUAUAA